GAAGAUUUGAUGAGGGUAGAGGCGCCCUAGCAGCGGCGCGUCGCUUGAGCGCACGAUGCGAGGCAUCCCCUUAUGGAGCCUUGAGAUGAGUCGUCGUAGCCUUGCGGGCUGUUGAGAUUGUGAAGGGGAAAUUGGGCGACGGAUCCAUGGUGGAGGUCACAGGAGCGGGCGACAGUGAGGCGAGAGGGCGAGUGGUUUCGAACGAGCAUUUUUGAGUGCAAAACGGUGGAGUGAGGCGGGAGCAACUCUGGCGGAUGUAUGUAGGGGUGUGUUGUUACAGGGGGGACGUCGAAAAUGGUGUCAGACGCUGAAAUAGUGCGACAUCUCACAGAGGUUUUGAAGAAUGCGGAUUUGAAUACGACCACGACGACGGCAAUUCGGCAGCAGCUGCAGAUUGCCUUGGGAGUCGAUUUGACGGACAAGAAGGCGUUUAUUCGACAGCAGGUUGAUGCUUAUCUGCAGAAGCAGUGGCAGGAGGCGGAGGCGGUGGCGGAACCGGAGGUAGGGGCAGAGGACGGAGGAGAAGGGGACGGAGAAGGAGAAGGAGAGGGAGAGGAAGAUGAAGGUAGUGAGAAGACAGGAGGUGGAGAGGACGAAGAAUUGGACGUAGAUGGCGAUACGAAGGCCAGUAAGGGUUCCAAGGCUUGCGUCGAGCCUGAUUCUAAACGCAUGCGUGCCAAGAUUGAUCGUGCAAUCAAAGCGAGUUUAACGAAAGAAAAGAAGAAGAGGACAGGUGGUGGAGGUGGCCUUACGAAGGCUUGUACUCUUUCUCCUGAGCUUCAAACGAUUAUAGGUGAAUCUGAGUUGCCGAGAACGCAGGUGGUUAAGCAACUGUGGGCUUACAUUCGGGAACAUAACUUACAAGAUCCUGAGGAUAAGCGCAAAAUUAUCUGCGACGACGCCCUGCGAAAUCUUCUUGGCACUAACUCCACUGAUAUGUUUAAAAUGAAUAAGUUGCUGUCUAGGCAUAUAUGGCCUCUUGACAAUGGGGUUACAGAGGCUGCUGCAAAAGUUAGAGAUAGGGAUACAGAUACAGACGAUGUGGAGCCUAAACCUAAGAAGCAGAAAACAGUUAGUAGUGGAGGCGGUAAGAGCAAGACUCAAGGAUUCUUGGCUCCAUAUCCCAUCUCAGAUCAAUUAGCUAAGUUUUUAGACGUUGAGGAUGGCAAAGUCUCGAGGGCUGAAGCUGCGAAGCGCAUGUGGGCUUACAUUAAGGACCACAAUUUGCAGGACCCUACCAACAAGAAAAAGAUACUAUGUGAUCAGCCUCUUCAAGAUCUACUUGAUUGUGACCAUUUUGUUGGAUUCGAUCUUAGUAAACUUUUGAAACGCCACUUUAUAAAGCCGGAAGCCCAAUAGCUUUCACUCUCAUACUUAUAUGUUCAGGAACCGAAACAGCUCCUACAUGGCCAAAGAGGUUGCAUGCACGGGUAUAUGAUCAUAACGUCAUUUGUUCAACAAUCCCAGGACAGUAUUUCCACGAAGUGGAGCACUUUAGUUUUCGUCCCCACGCGGGAUUAGCUCUGAUUUUAACUUCCAGAUUUUUUUCGGUACAUUGCUGCAGGCGCAGUGGUUCUUCAUGAAUCGCAUUGGGGUAGUGUUCAAGCCCUUUUUGAGGGAUAAGCUAUUGAAUAGAAAUGCCCUGUCAAGUGAAACGUAGCUCUUGCUCCGACGACUUGAAAAUAUUGAGGUGUAACGCUGUGGAAUAUUUGUUAGUCAGUAUUUUUCUGGCGUGGAACAAGUUCUCUGUCCAGAAGUUUUCUGCGACCAUUUCUUCGCUGUUGAAGCACGCCACACUGCAUCA